AUGACCACGCGUCGCUGUAAAGAAGGAGAACAGUCACAAGGAGGACCGGUCCUGAUUCUUGUACAGAGGCAGAAACAACGUCGGGAGUGCUCAGGGUUCAGGAUGUCGGCGGUCGGGACAGAGGUAGCGCCACGACAGGAGAGCCUUCCGACGAAGGAACCUCGACACCCUGUCGUUGAUUUUUUGUUGGCAGGGUCAGCUACGUCUUGCGCCUCUGUCCUUUCAAAUCCGAUGGACGUGGUGAAGACACGAAUGCAGUUGCAGAGCGAACUGGUGCUGCGGAAGGCCGGCCAAAGCCAGCAGACUACCCAGGUCUAUCGAGCCCCCUACAAGAAUGCCCUCCAUGCCUUCUACAAGAUCUGCAGGGACGAGGGGGUUCGGGGGAUUCAGGCCGGACUGCUGCCGGGUCUCAUGUACCAGAUUUUGAUGAACGGGACACGUUUGUCCCUGUUCGCACCUGUGCAAAAAGCCCUUGGGGUCGACGCCGAGAACAAGGGCAAGAUUGGCUUUUUCUUCCGGAACCUCGCUGCGGGGGCGGCGUGCGGGGCGGCGGGGGCGCUGAUCGGGUCUCCUGUGUUUUUGGUCAAGGCCCGGCUGCAAAGCCAGUCGAAGGCGCACAGCCUCAGGACGGCUGGGGGCGGGGAGUUUCGAGGGCUGCGCGGGCUGACCCGGGGCACGAGCGCGUCCGUGAUGAGGGUUAUGGUUGGGUCCGCGACCCAGCUGUCGGUGUACUCCUCCUGCAAGGCGGCCGUGCUGGGAACGGGCUUGUUCGAGGACAACGUCUACGCGUAUCUGUCCUCGAGCUUAGCGGCCGGGCUAGUUGUCACUACGACAAUGAACCCAUUGGACGUGGUUAGCACAAGGCUGUACGCUCAGGGGACCGGCGUGGCAGAGCGAUACACGGGGCCCCUGGAUUGCGCCGUCAAGACCGUCAGCGCCGAAGGGUUCAGGGGGGUAAGCUGA